UCUCACACACACACACACAGACCGAGACUCUCCAACAGACGGGGAUUGGAUGCUUUGACAGCAGGGACACGGCAGCUAUUUUGAGAACUCAGUGUAGUAAACACACAAUGAAGAGCCAGACAAUUUUACCGGCCUGUUUGCUGCUGCUCUUGACACUGACAGCACUUGUCAGAUGCAAGGAUGAUGCGGCUAAAGAUUCUACAACUAAGAUAACAGUGAAAACUGUCUCUGAGGGGAUUGAGCUGAGUUGUGUUGCCGGCAAUAAAAUAACACUUUUGAAGACAUUGCAAUACAGGGAUGACCACACAGGAGAGUACAAAUGUGAAACCGAUCCAUCGGGGGAUGAAACAAACACCAAUACGGAUUCACAGACUGAAUUAACAAAAAUCUAUGUGAAAUUUCGGA